GAAAGAGUGUAAACAGUGGGGUUGCAAACCGUCAGAGAAACUUAUAAUCGACGAAAUCAUUCAGCCUGCCCCGCCAUACAAUACUACAAGUUACGUUCAGUAUAGAGAACUCUUAAAGAAGCGGAACGAAAUGUCCUCGUCCCUCGCAGGAUGCGUUGCGUCGCUGCAAUCUUCCAAGCAGCUGCUCGAAUCAUCCAUUUCGGUCCUCGAUUCUGGCGUGCGUGAUUUCCCGCGAUUAUCAAAAGUUUUGCAGACAACAAGGCACUUUGAACUGAUAUCGGAAUCGGAACUGCAAGCUGCACAACAAGAUCUUCUCGAUGAGAUUGGACCCGAGGUGACACGUCUUCUCGACCGCGUGAGCACUCAUCUCGACAAGCUCGAACGACGUCAACAAUCUCUUAUUGCAAAGGCAGAGCUGCAAGAGGUGCGGCUGUCGCAGGCGUAUGGAAAGCAACCGUCAUCAUCUGCGUCAAGUCGGAAGAGUAUGGGCUAUGGCAUCAGCGGAAGAGGAACGGAGUCGAAUAGAGGAACUGGCGUCGAAGCGUUGAGGCUGAAACAUUUGCGCCAGAAGAAGCAAAGAUUGAGCUACGCAGUGGAAACACUAGAGUUACAGGCACAGCAGAGAGAAAGGCAAUUGAGAAUGAGUAUGGCUGCGCAGUGACCACGGAGAAGAGAUUUACAUUUUUUUUUUGCAUAACCUGGCGUUUCGAAUUGGGAUUGGCAACACGGUGCCAAAAUUUAUCAUUGAUUUGAUUGUGAAGAGGUUUGGAGGCGUUGCAGAAGGAGGAUUUCUGCCAGAAUAUUGCUAUAUGGGUAUCUCAAUUGUAUGAAGCUUUGUGAAUAGAAUCUACUUGCUUGGAAGACAAUGCUAGUCCUCGUUUCCC